AAACCUCUCGCCCUCAAAAGCGUGACCUUGGUACUUUCUUCACGAGCGGACGGGCGUUGGAGCAGUGGAAAUCUUCGCGUCGGCUUCGCCCCUCGACAAGGAGUCGCCUUUAAUCCUCGAAAGCAACGAUCUCCAACUUCUCUCCUUUCCCCGCUUCCGAGGCCCCCAAUUCCUUUGACCUCAUCAUUGGAGAUCUGGAUCUUGAUCGCUAUGCCCCUAUCGUUUGAAGCAGAUAAGGUUGUUUCCGGAACGAGUUGAGUUCGUGUUUUGGUGGUUUCGUGACUGUAUGUGCCAUUUGGGUCUGCAACUUGUGGAACCGAACCUGUCGUAUUUUUGCCUUCUGGCGGGAUUUUAAGAUUCCAAAAUUGAAGCUCUUUGGAUUUGGAUUUUUGUCUUUUUGUGAGUGCUGGAUGGAAGCUUUUACGUGUGUUUAAGAGAUCAAGUGAUUCACAGAAGGCUUCAAUUUAGCUGUUAUUGUCCAUGUUGAAGAGGAAAUUUCCAUUAUUAUGAAGGGUGGUAACGUGGAGGUGAUCAGCAGCAAGGGCUGUUCAAGACUCCUCGUUGGCUCUUCGACCUUCCUUCCAAAUGCAGAUAGUCUAAGAUUCAUGGCAUCUCCUGCUUCUUCAUCGCUUUCUGAGUCAACUCUUCCUUUGCCUCGGGGUCCUUUCACGGGUCUUGUUAUUUGUGUUACUGGCCUCUCCAAAGAAGCAAGAAAAGAAGUCAUGGCAGCGACUCACAGGCUGGGUGGUCAGUACAGUGGAUGUUUGAAUCCUCAAUGUACACAUCUCGUUGUGCAGAGCUUUACUGGUAGAAAAUUUGAGCAUGCGAUGCAGCAUGGAUCAAAGAAUGGUCUUUUUGUUGUUACUUUAGGGUGGUUUGUGGACAGUGUAAACAGAAAGACGAGAUUGAGUGAGACUCUUUAUAGUGUAAAAAGUGUUGGAGAGAAUGGCUUGCCUUCGGGGGAGUUAAAUCGAAUUGUUGGGGUUCCCCGAAGUGACAAAUCUUGUCUCCCAAGUCCUUCCUUUGAAGAUGGCAAAUCAUUGGGUAGAGGGUGGCAAACUCCAAUAAAGGCUCCCAACAAAGAACAAAUUCUUUCUGAACCUGUUUUUUCCAACAAUUUUGUCUACAUUGAUUCAGAAAUUUCAGAUGAUAUGAAGAAAAAGGUUGUUGAGUCAGCUACAAAAGAAGGCGCCACUUUUUUGGACAACUGGUUUAUUGGUUGUCAUGCAAGUCAUAUUGUCUGUGAAGGUCCUUCUAUCCGUAGAUACAUUGGUCUUGCUAAUAACAUUGUAACUCCGCUAUGGAUACUGAAAACAGCAAAAGAGAAGUGCAUACAGAGGCUCGUACAUUUAUCCUCUGACAUAGCUAAGCAGGUGAACAUGAUUCUUGAGAGUGAUCAGGAUGCUGGAGAGGUUAGCUUUAGAGGAAGUGGUCAUCCUGUUGCUUUGAGGUACAGUCACUCUCUUCCACAUGGAGACGAUGUGAAAAUUGAAGAAAGGCUGAAGACGGUUGAGUUGGCAAAGUUGGGAGUGAGGAAUCGUCGCAACCAUCGCAUGCAAUCUUGUCAGGUUCCGAUCCAUCCAAUCACCCCCAACACUCUUUUGGAGUCCAUCUGCUGGACAGUAUCCGAGCCAGUGUCAUCCACCCGUAUCUACACAGAGUCCUCUUGGAUUGAAGAUGCAACCGAGCAACACCCAUCUCGUUCUUUAGGUGAUGAUGGCAAUUCUGAAGCAUCUUUCGAAGACUUUUCACGCUCGCUUAGAGAAAGUGAGAAGAGGGAGGUCAUCUUAAGAAGUCACUUCCUUACCAUACUCUUCCCACUCGAUCGCUUUGGCGAGCUAGGCCCUUCGUCCAGAACAUUUUUCAGUGAUAAUGGAUUUACUUGUAUCCAGAUUUUGGAACACAUAUACCACUUUUAUCAGGAGAACAUGACGACGGUUGAAAUCAACCUUGCAAUACACACAGACUCAAGGCAUGCUGAUCGACUUAGAUCACUCUAUGCAAGCAAAGAAUCAAAAGAACAAGGUUUUGUGGCAUUCAAACGUGUAGAUUUUCUUGGAAGCAGACGUAGCUUUGAAAAACUAAAGAGAGUAAGCGGGGAAAACAAUGGAAAUUUGUACGAACUUUUGAUAAGAGCAUGAACAUUGCAUCCAUUUGGUGCCUUUAAUUUUCUUUUUUUUUAUGUACAUUUGUCGCCCUUUGUGUAAAAAAUUAAUACAUGAGCAAAAAGUUGCAGAGAA